GGAUUUUCUUGAUAAAAAGCACUAUUACGUUGACAUUCUCGGCCGACUUCCAUGAAUCGGUUUUAUUCCAGUGUUUAUGAUCUGUAUGUGGUCAAAAUAAAUAAAUAAGCCUCCCCAAUAUGGCGUCGACGUUGCUGUAUCGCAGCAAGGGGCGGAAGCGGGUUGAAAGCAUACACGUGAGAUGUCUGCGGUGUGGACCUUGAAGGCCCUGGGUCUCGGGGCCGUGGGCCUGACUCUGAGUGUGGAGGUGUUGGGCUGGUUCUUCAGGAGAUUCGGGUCUAAAGGAUUCCUGAAAGAAGUCAUAUUCUUCCCCACCGAAUUCGCAUGUGUGGAGCAUGUGUUCGAACCAACUUUGCAGUGUCUCUGUCCGUUACCACAUGGCUUAGAGACGUCUUUGGCCCGCCUUCUCCGCCACGUCCUCUCGGCCAAAUCCACCCUGGACAUCUGUGUGUUUGCCUUCUCCAACAUGGACCUCAGCAGAGCGGUCCUGGCCCUCCACUCCAGGGGCCUGGUCAUCCGGAUCCUCAUAGACAAGGACUACGGCUGCAUCACUGGCUCCCAGAUCGGGCCGCUGCGCAGAGCAGGUAUCCGCGUGCGCUAUGACUCGGGCGCCGUGCACAUGCACCACAAGUUUGCGUUGGUGGACGGGCGGCGGCUGGUGACGGGCUCCCUCAACUGGACGCUGCAGGCGGUGCAGAAGAACAAGGAGAACGUCAUGGUGACGGAGGAGCCCCGCCUGGUCACGCCCUUCGUCCAGGAGUUCCAGCGCCUGUGGGACGCCAAUGACCCGGAGGGCUGCGGCCGAGCCGCCCCCCCGCCGCAGCAAGGCACCGAGCGGCAAGGCACCGAGCGGCAAGGCACCGAGCGGCAAGGCACCGAGCGGCAAGGCACCGAGCGGCAAGGAACUUGACCAAACGGAGGGGUUGCGAGUUAAAUUCUCUGCCUGCUUUUAACAAUUAUUCAAUCCGUGUCAAAUGGAAGAGAUAAUGGAGCUAAGGAACAUGUAGUUUGUAGUGGUACCUGUAAGGCGUAGCACAUUUGGCAGCAUCUUAUUUUAUGAGAGGAUGUAAACACAAGACCACAUCUCUGGCCAUUUCAAUGGUCAGUUUAAUGAUGACUGAAGCAGUAUUCAGAGUGGCAUCACCUGACACUAGUUGGUUUUGGUCAUGUCCAUUACGUUUGAUACAAGAUGUGGUUACUAUUGUGACUAUUGUGUGACUAGAUUUUUUCAGCUAGUAAUUUUGUGUUAUUUUUUACUUUAUUCUGCUCUGGCCUUAUACACUUAUAACAUGAAUCAUUCAUGACUCAUUCAUUGUCUGUAACUAACGCACACACACACACACACACACACACACACACUCACACACUUUUGGUUCAGACUUUGCAUUUUAAUAUCAGUUCAUGCAUAUUUUAAAUUUGACUUUUACUAAUUGAUGAGUGGAGUGAGAAGUCGGCAGCUUGUAAUAUUCUCAGAGUUUAAGUGUAUUAUUUUCCUUUCUGCUUUUGUGUUUAAUGUGUCAGGAUUAUUUCCAAUCGUUUUACUUUGCAGUCUGAUGUUCACAAACGUUCGUUUGUCAGUAUUGGUAAAGUUUUUUUUUGGUGUUAAA